AUGACUAAGUCACUUAUUAUCACUGCUUUUAUCACUGGAGGAACCACUGAGUGGCGUUAUCCGGGAGAUACUUCGUAUAGGUUUGCUUUCGAUUUGGAUGCCUGGGUGGAAAUAGCAAAGCUAUUGGAGAAGGGCAAAAUCUAUGCCCUGUUCAUUGCAGACCACUUAACCCUAUUUGAUGUCUACAAGGGCCCAAACAACUAUAGGGACGCAGUGAAGACCGGACUGAAUGUUCCAAAGGCUGAUCCAAGCCAUGCAAUUAUCACUGCUGCAAGGGAAACAAAAAACAUAUCUUUUGGAGUCACUUUCAGCACUGUCAGUGAACACCCAUACCUGUUUGCUAGAAGGCUUGCAACUCUUGAUCAUUUCACCAAGGGUAGAGUGGGAUGGAAUGUUGUUACAUCUUAUCUCAACAGUAUCGGCACCCAGCUUCUAAAUGGAGAACCAUUUCCUGAGCAUGACGAACGGUAUAAUAGGGCAACUGAGUACGUCGAUGUCGUGACUGGCCUUCUCUUAUCUACUUGGAGAGAUGACGCUCUGAUUCGCGACACGGAAACCGGUGUGUUCAUUGAUCCAGAUAGAGUUCGUGAGAUCAACCAUAAUGGAAAGUACUUCAAAGUUGCCGGACCAGCUAUCACACAGCCCUCAAUUCAAAGGAUCCCGCUCUUGAUUCAAGCAGGAACAUCAAAAAAGGGCCAGGAGCUGGCUGCCGAGUUUGCAGAGUUUGUGUACGUCUUGGGUGGGACUGAAGAGCUGGGUCCGAAGAUCAAGUACAUCAGAACAAUUGCAAAGGAGAAGUUCGGUCGAGACCCCAAAAAUAUCAAGGUGAUUUACUCUGCUAGAGUCAUACUGGGCCGCACUCAUGAGGAAGCUGUUGAAAAAGAGGCAUCUUACAAAAAGUAUGAGUGA